CCGACAUAGCGUCCAGAUGAAGCAUGGGAGGCAGGCUACAGAGGAUGACGAGCUGGUCCUCAAGCCAGAUACUCCCUUGCCUCCGGUGAUGGGCUCUGAGCGCUCUGCCUGAAGGAGAUGGAGUGAAUGCGAGUGGAAGUAUAGGGCCUGGGCUGGCCCAGAGCUCUGGUGUUCUGGAAAGCUCUCAGCACUGGGGACCGCGGGGGCCUGGUCUGCGUUGGACCCAGGACCCGCCCUUCCAGUUGCUACUCACUGACUGGUGGGGAUAUAAGACUGAGAUGUGUCAGAGGAGAGGUGCUUAAAUAAAGACCUGGGGAGCACGGAGAAGAAAAAGAUGGGGAGGCCUCUAAAUAGCACAGUAUCUGGGCUUUACAUUUUACAGAGCACCUGCACCAGCAGCCCCUGCGUUGUGUUUGAGGCAGGAGCCGACAUGGACCCAAAUCCUCGGGCAGCCCUGGAGCGCCAGCAGCUCCGCCUUCGGGAGCGGCAGAAAUUCUUUGAGGAAAUUUUGCAGCCUGAGACGGAGUUUGUCUUCCCCCUGUCCCACCUGCAUCUCGAGUCGCAGAGACCCCCCAUAGGGAGUAUUUCAUCCAUGGAAGUGAAUGUGGAUGCACUGGAGCAGGUAGAACUUAUUGACCUUGGAGACCAGGAUGGAGCAGAUGUGUUCUUGCCUUGUGAGGACUCUCCACCAGCCUCCCAGACAUCUGGGCUGGAUGACCACCCGGAGGAGUUGAGCCUGCCAAUGCCCACGCCAGACAGGACUGCGUCCCGCACGUCCUCCUCAUCUUCUGACGACUCCACCAACCUGCACAGCCCAAAUCCCAGUGACGGCGGGGCAGACACGCCCUUGGCACAGUCUGAUGCGGAAGAGGAUGGGGCUGAUGGAGGGGCAGAGCCUGGAGCUUGCAGCUAGCAGUGGGCCUCCAUCUACAGACUGACUGAGCUGGCUCUUCUCCACAGGAGACCCUAGGCCCAGCCAGAGCCCUUCAGAGAAGACCAGACUCUUUACUUGCAGUAGGCACCAGGGGGAGGCAAGGACAGUGGGAUGGCGUACCUCUCUGGGAAAUAACCCUCCUGCUUUACUGCUAACCUUUCCUGCUACAACCCUCCCACCAGGUUUUGGCUUCCUCCCAAGGUAGGGCUUAUAGGCAAGGAGAUGGAAGAUGAGGCAGGACAAGAUGCUACUGCUUUUCUUAGCCACCCCUCCCUCCCGCAGACUCUCCUGCAGUCUUCUGAUAGAGUCUCCUGGACCAGUGUCUCUAAGUGGACGCGAGCUCCGUAGCACUCCCCGUGCAGUGGUGCUCCAGCCACCCUGCUCCCCUACAUCCUGUUCGGGAACAGGGCACGGUAUAAAUAAUAAAUAAUAAUCUACCAACCAGU